ACAGGACUUUUAACCAGUUAAAGUGUUAAAAUAUUUCAUAUUUUAGGUAUUAAAUGAUUAGGGGUGACUAUUUAGAAUCACGACAACGCACAAAUAUCAACACUAGAUGGUGGCCGUUAUUAGAAUCGUAACCACAGUUAGUCGCAGGUUGAUGACGCAAUCAACAAUUGACGGAAUCCUUUAUUUAAAAAAAAAAAAAAAAAAAAAAAUCUAUUGUGUUUACAAGAAAGCUACAGUAAUCGGCAGGAAUAGCGAACGUUUCCGAGCCCUCCGAGUGUAAACACAAUGACAUGGAGUUUUAUCUGAGUUAACUGUAAAGCUGUCUGGACUUUACUGUAGAUAAUAAUCAUGAAUAAAGGCUGGCUGGAGCUGGAGAGCGACCCCGGUCUCUUCACACUGCUGGUGGAGGAUUUCGGUGUGAAGGGUGUUCAGGUGGAGGAGAUCUACGACCUGCAGAGUAAAUGCCAGAGUCCCGUGUACGGCUUUAUCUUCCUGUUCAAAUGGAUCGAGGAGCGUCGCUCCAGGAGGAAAGUGUCCACCCUGGUGGACGAGACCUCGGUUAUCGACGACGACAUCGUCAACGACAUGUUCUUCGCUCACCAACUGAUUCCAAACUCGUGUGCGACUCAUGCCUUACUGAGCGUGCUCCUGAACUGCAGCGGGGUGGAGCUGGGCAGCACGCUGAGCCGCAUGAAGGCCUUCACCAAGGGGUUCAAUCCAGAGAGCAAAGGCUACGCCAUUGGGAAUGCUCCGGAGUUAGCAAAGGCACACAACAGUCAUGCCAGGCCCGAGCCACGGCACCUGCCAGAGAAACAGAACGGCAUCAGUGCUGUGAGGACGAUGGAGGCCUUCCACUUCGUCAGCUACGUCCCCAUUAAAGACCGACUGUUCGAGCUGGACGGCCUCAAAGCCUACCCCAUUGACCACGGUCCUUGGGGAGAGGAGGAGGAGUGGACAGACAAAGCUCGGAGGGUCAUUAUGGAGAGAAUCGGCCUGGCGACCGCAGGCGAGCCGUACCACGACAUCCGCUUCAACCUGAUGGCCGUGGUUCCUGACCGCAGGGUGAAGUACGAGUCCAGGCUGGAGGUGCUCAAACGCAAUCGGCAGAUCGUUCUGGAAGGACUGCAGCAGUCGAUCAGGGCAUCCCAAACAGACACGACACAGGAACGCAAGCAGCAAGACUCCUCCUCCGAGGACACACCCCCUACUGUAAAAAAGGAGGAGGGGUCAGAUACACCGGUAGCACCUGCUCCGGCUCCGCCCACAGACUCGGCUGAGGUGGCGAGUGUUCCUGCAGCGUCCGUCUCCUCAGAGAAACCCAAAGCCACAGUGAAGCCGCCUACUCUGCCUCCAGGGGCCGCCAGCACCGGCCCCAACCCCAUCGUUCAGCGCCUGCCCGCCUUCCUGGACAACCACAACUACGCAAAGUCCCCCAUGCAGGAGGAAGAGGACCUGGCUGCAGGAGUGGCUCGUGCUCGUGCCCCUGGACCCCCUCAAGCCCCGUACUCUGAUGAUGAGGAUGAAGAUGAGGAUGAAGAGGAGGACAGGUUCCGCAAAAAGGCGGGUGUUCGUGGACGGGGCGUGGCCCGGAGUAGUGGUGGUGGGGGUGGAGGCGGAGUCUCGGGCGUGGAGGGCCAGCUGGCUCUGAACAUGCUUGCCGAGAGACUCAAAAAGGCAGAGAGAAAGGACACCAUGGCAACAACGGCGAUGCCCGGCUCCUCCGCCCUGAACGUGCGCACGGAGGGCCGAACCGGUGGCAUCAGCAUCACGCCCGCCUGCCAGCCCUCGCCCACGCCCAGCAACGAGAGCACGGACACGGCCUCCGAGAUCGGCAGCGCCUUCAACUCGCCGCUGAGGUCUCCCGCGCGCUCGCAGAUGCUCCAGGGCGUUGUCGAGAGAGGAGUAUCUAAAGCAGUGGGUGGUUCUGUGAGUUUCGGUACUCUUGCCGUCCCGCAGGCUGCCACUCGACCCUCCAGCCCCGUGGCCUGCCACCUGAGCCGCGUGCUGUUCGGAGACGACGACGUCCUGCUGAGACUGGACACUCGACACAACCGCGCCGUCCGAGAGCUCGGAGCCCUGAUCAGCUCCACUCAGCUACAGCUCAGAGAGGACGGAACCAUCUACACACUGCCAAGUGCAGACGCGGUGUGUGACGUGGUGAAGAAGGCAGGCGGAGCGGAUGGUAAGGAGCCGAGUGACCGGUCGGAGGGAGGAGGAGGAGGAGGUGCGGGUGGAGAGGAGGAUGGAGGGAAAGGAGGAGCGUCCCGGGAGCUAAAACGGGAGAAGGAGUGCGCAGAGACGAGCAAGGACAAGCCGAGAGCAGAGACGCCGAACUUUGUCGAGCCCGAGGCGCUCACCAAACCGCUCGGGGAGAAAUACACUCCAAAAGAGUUGUUGGCGCUGCUGAAGUGCGUGGAGGCCGAUAUCGCCAAUUACGAGGUGUAUCUGAAAGAGGAGGUGGAGAAACGGAAGAAAUACAAGAUUGAUGACCAGAGGAGGACCCAUAACUACGAUGAGUUCAUCUGCACCUUCAUUUCCAUGCUGGCACAGGAAGGUAUGCUGGCGAGCCUGGUGGAGCAGAACAUUUCCGUGCGCAGGCGGCAGGGCGUGAGCAUCGGCCGCCUCCAUAAACAGCGCAAGCCGGACCGAAGAAAGCGAUCUCGGCCGUACAAAGCCAAGCGCCAGUGAACGCGCCCCCGGACCCUCCGACACCGGCGCUGGCAAUUUCUCUUAGGAAAAAGGUGCUGAUAAACUCUCUAAGAACUAGUGAACAAACCAAUACAACCAGGACCUCUGAACACAGCUCAAACACAUUUAGGCUUAGGAUGACUAGCUCAGAGAAACACGAGAGCUCGUGAGAUUUACAAAAACAUCCGGUGACUGUACUUACACAGACUAGUGCUAGUGAACACACUUGAAUUGAUCAAAACUAGCACUGAUGAAUAUGAUGCUUAUGAAAUCUAGUACUGGACUACAUCACUGUGCACUUUCUGGCACAAACGCUAUUGCUAGUGAACACACCCCACAGACAAGAGAUGGUGAACACACACACACACACACACUUACACACACUUACACACACUUACACACACUUACACACACUUACACACACUUACACACACUUCAACUUAUAAAGACUAGUGCUUGCGGACACACUCCAGCCCACGACCUGAGCGCUCUGCGGAUUGUGAAAACAAAACAGUAAAGACUAGCGCUAGUGAACACACCCUGAUUUAUAACAGACAGCACUUCUGAGCAGCCUUAAACGCUCCGGUGCUAGUGAACACACCUCGGAUGCCUCGGCAAAACGUGCGUAUCCCUGACUACAGAGCAAGCGCAAAGAAAAAAGACAAACUGUCAUCCUGGACGUUACGGACAGUGCGGAUGAUCCUCACCGUUUCUUAUUUAAUCGCUGGACCAAUCAGAGCUCUGAACACGAGGGAUUGUUUUUUAAGGACGGUCGUGCCGGUCUCGCCCGGUGUAAUCAGUGUUAUGAGGAAAGAAAAUGUUUCAGAUUCUGACUGAACUUCCAAAACUAUGUGUUUUGUCAUCAUCUUACUUUUGUUGUGCAGAUGCAAGAUGUGUGCGUGUGUGUGAUGGGAGUAUGUGAUUUUCUUUUUGCUAAUGUCUGUCUAUCUGUACAUAUGUGUGUGUGUGUGUGAUUUCUAAUGUCAUUUCUAGAUGUCCUCCUAAAUAAAAUAAACUCCACUGUAAGAACG